CCAAAAUAAACUCAACACACACUCUCUCUCUCUCUCUCUUUCUCUCUCUCUCUCUCACACACAAUCCAAAGGAGGAAAAUCAAAACCAAAAAAAAAAGAAAAAAGAACAGAGCUUUUUCUUCACACAGCUUCAAAAUCUGGGAUCUAAGCCUUUGAUUCUCACAUGAAGCUUUCUCUCUAGAUGAUCCCUCGUUGAUCUUCGGAAAUUUCUGCUUCGAUCGAUUUUUUUUUUUAUUUGAACAGGUCAAUGAUUGGUUUUGUCAAGGUAAACUGUAACAAGAUUUGAAGAACACUCUGAACAAAUGGCUUCAGUGGGGGUGGCGCCUGCUGGUAUGAGAGAACAUCCCAGUGGCCAUACUGUAGGUGUUGAUAAGUUGCCUGAGGAAAUGAAUGACAUGAAAAUUAGGGAUGACAAGGAAAUGGAAGCCACAGUUGUUGAUGGUAAUGGGACAGAGACGGGGCAUAUAAUUGUGACAACUAUUGGUGGUAGGAAUGGCCAGCCAAAGCAGACGAUAAGUUACAUGGCUGAGCGAGUUGUUGGGCAUGGAUCAUUUGGAGUUGUAUUCCAAGCAAAGUGCUUGGAGACUGGUGAAACUGUGGCUAUAAAGAAGGUUCUUCAAGACAAAAGAUACAAGAAUCGUGAGCUGCAAACCAUGCGUCUUCUAGAUCACCCAAAUGUUGUUUCUUUGAAGCAUUGUUUCUUUUCAACGACUGAAAAAGAUGAACUUUAUCUCAACUUAGUACUUGAAUAUGUACCUGAAACUGUUCAUCGUGUGAUCAAACACUACAACAAGUUGAACCAGAGAAUGCCUCAGAUAUAUGUUAAGCUCUACACUUAUCAGAUUUUUAGGGCUUUGUCGUACAUUCAUCGAUGUAUUGGAGUGUGUCAUCGGGAUAUUAAACCUCAAAAUCUUUUGGUCAAUCCACACACCCACCAAGUAAAAUUAUGUGACUUUGGAAGUGCAAAAGUUUUGGUGAAAGGAGAGCCAAAUAUAUCUUAUAUCUGCUCUAGAUACUAUAGGGCGCCAGAGCUUAUAUUUGGAGCAACUGAGUAUACUACUGCCAUUGAUAUCUGGUCUGCUGGCUGUGUUCUUGCAGAGCUACUGCUCGGACAGCCUCUGUUUCCUGGUGAGAGUGGAGUGGAUCAGCUUGUUGAAAUUAUCAAGGUUUUGGGCACUCCGACAAGAGAGGAGAUUAAAUGCAUGAACCCUAACUACACAGAGUUCAAAUUCCCUCAAAUUAAAGCUCACCCAUGGCACAAGAUAUUCCAUAAGCGUAUGCCUCCAGAAGCUGUUGAUCUGGUUUCAAGACUGCUGCAGUACUCUCCUAACUUACGAUGCUCAGCUCUGGAUGCCUUGAUUCAUCCAUUUUUUGACGAGCUCCGUGAACCAAACACUCGCUUGCCUAAUGGGCGUUUUCUUCCACCGUUAUUCAAUUUUAAAUCCCAUGAAUUGAAGGGGGUGUCAGUGGAGAUUUUGGUGAAAUUGAUUCCGGAGCACGCAAGAAAGCAAUGCCCCUUUCUUGGCUUGUGAUUAGCGAGUUGGGGAUAACAAAUCUGCUAGUGGUGUCCCUUAAUGUAUGGAAGCGAUGUAUUGUCAUUAUCUACUAUUUGUUCCCCUUGUCAUUUAAAUGUUACUCCAUGUAUCUUCCUGUUUUGUAAAAGCAGAUCUAGAUGUAUUCUACUUUAUAUCUUGCCCAAACCUCAAAUGGGUACUGUGAUUACCCUAUUCCUGUAUCCCCAGAGAUUUGUAACAACAUAGAAGAUUGACAUGAGCAUUUUAUGUUACAUGUAUGUCUGUAUUGGUAUUUCUAGUAGACAGAUUGACAUUUGCAACUUA